CCUCCCCCUCAGCCCUGCUUCACUUUACACCGCCUUUACAGGGGGGUUAGUUAGCUUAGCUUAUCAACAAGCCCGGAGCCCCAGCUACUAACUUCUAACAGAGAAACCCGGGGAAUUUAUUCACCCUCUGAACCGGCAGUACCGGAGGAAUACAGCGCGGUUCCCGCGGCAGAGUUGCCGAGUCAGGUGCGGGAGGCAUGCGGAGAGGCAGGGCAGCUCCGGACCGGAUCCCAAAGUUGGGACCGAUAUGAGAGGAGACGAGAGGUUCGCAGUGUUGGGGGCUCCGCUGAAUGCUGCUGCUGAAGUCUUCAAACCUUCAAACUCUUGACUCAUCACUCAACCCUUCAGUAAUAAAUAGAUUAGCCAGGUUUCUACUAGUGCCAACGUCAUCUCGCCACCAUGACUACUUCAUCCUUACGCCGCUCCGUGAAGAACAUCGUCAACAACUACACGGAGGCGGAGAUCAAGGUGAGGGAGGCCACCUCCAACGACCCCUGGGGUCCCCCGAGCUCGCUCAUGAUGGAGAUUGCGGAUUUGACCUUUAACGUAGUGGCAUUUACUGAGGUUAUGGGAAUGGUAUGGAAGCGCCUCAAUGACCACGGUAAAAACUGGCGCCACGUGUACAAAGCCUUGACGCUACUGGAAUAUCUACUGAAGGCAGGGUCUGAACGUGUGGCCCAACAGUGCCGGGAGAACAUCUACGCCAUCCAGACCCUCCGUGACUUCCAGUACAUCGACCGGGAUGGGCAGGACCAGGGCGUGAACGUUCGGGAGAAGGCCAAACAGCUGGUGUCACUGCUGCGGGAUGAGGACAGGCUCAAGCAGGAAAGGAGCCAAGCGCACAAAACCCGCGAGCGCAUGGCUGGAGCCUAUGGAUCUUUACCCCCACCCUAUCCAGGACAACGCACCAGCCACGCCACUGCGGCUACCAUGCACGGGGACGAGUACAGACGCUCGCGAGGCUCGCCCUCCUCCCAUACCUCCUCCUCUUCCUCCCCACAUUUGGCCCCUGAUCUGGAGCAGGCCCGGCCGCAGACCAGCGGGGAGGAGGAGCUGCAGCUGCAGCUGGCCCUGGCCAUGAGCCGAGAGGAGAGCGAGAAGGUGAGGAUCCCAGACUCGCGUGCUACUACUACACCAGUGAAGCCUCCACCUGUGGAUGUCGAUGAACAGACCCAGCUCCAGAUUGCUAUGAGCCUCAGCAAGGAGGAGUCCCAGAAGAAGGUUCCUCCUCCUAGUGUUGCGUUGGACAUGGACGAGGACACACAGCUGCAGAUUGCUCUGAGCCUCAGCAAGGAGGAGCAUCAACAGGAGCAACGGAGUCGCCAGGGAGAUGAAUCGCUGCUCCAGAAGGCUCUUGAGGAGAGCAAACGAGAGAUGGAAGCCAAAGGAGGAGGGUCUGCCAUGUUGGAUCUGGUGGAUAUUUUCGCUCCAGCCCCUGAAGCGCCCCCUGGUGUUAGCCCAUGGGAUUUGUCUGGAGCUGGUGCCCAGGCACAGGCUGCAGGCCCUCUGAGGUCGGACCCUUGGGAUUCUCUAGAUCCUAGCUCCUCAAGUCGAGGUAUCGGCAGCCAUUGGAUGGCCCCUGCGGGAUCCAGUGUUCACCCUCAGCCUUGGGAGCAUCAGCAGCGCCCUCCGGACCCAUGGGAAACUCCACAGAUCGCAUCUAGUCCUGCUCCUCAAAGUCAGACGUGGCUUUCUUCUGCUCCAGCUGCAGCCAAAGGAGUAGAUCCCUUCUCUCCACCUGUAGCAGACAUAAAAGCCACUGUCAAAAGCUCAUCUCCACGCCCUGGAAGUCCCUCAGAUGGAGAUCUUUUUGAUGAGGCCAUGGAUGGAGGUCAAGUCAAUAUCAAUGGCCGUAGUGAGGAAAGUCCAGAGAUAUUUGAUUUAUCCCGCCUGGGACAAAGUCUAGCAGAACCAACUUCUCGAACCUGCCAUACUCCAGAAAACUUCCUGGGCCCCACAGCAGCCUCUCUUGUCAAUCUGGACUCUCUAAUCCCAUCGAAUCCUGCUCCUAAGAACUUGAACCCAUUUUUAACAGGUCUGAGUGCUCCUUCAGCUACCAAUCCAUUCCAAAGUGAACCUCCCCGGCUCACUCUGAAUCAGAUGCGCCCCAGCUCCACAUCCCCGGCUCCCACCUCGCUGCCGUACAGUGCCUCUCUGCCCCUGCCUGCCAGCAACCAGCCUUCCUCCUUACCCAGCUCCUUCACCCAGCCUGCACAGGCACCCAUAGACAUGCCUGGAAACCUGCCCCAACCACUGCUACCCCUGUCUUCAACAUCUACGCUUGGACAGCAAGACCACAGUCAGAACCCAUUCCUAUGAGGGCCAGGUGAGGAGCGCUACAUUAGACCCGAACAUAAGCUUGCUGGCCCGAGUUAAAACGCUUAUAAUUAAGUGACAGUUUAACCACGGUCUUGGACGACGACAACUGGAACUCCCAAUUUAAUGACACUACUGUUUUAUACUGGCUUUAAUGUUUUGAUAGCCUUCUGGUUUUGCUUUUUGCUACUCCUGCUUAUCGUCUGAUCUCAAUGAGAUGUGACUCGGCACCUCAGCAGGAAUCAGCUUUUCUAAUAAUAUACAAGUGAAUGGCACAAGUAAAGGAAGCUACGAAUUCA